AUGGAUGCUCCCAAAGAAGUUCAGAUACCAGGAGAGUUCAGAUGUGAGCUGUGUGAGUUAUCAGCCCCAUACACAUAUUAUGGGUGGAUGUCACCAAACUCACACUUGAUCUCUGUUUUGGAAGAAGCCUGUGUCAUGAAGGAUCCUUUCACCCCUGACAAGGACAAGUUCCUCAUCAUUAGGUCUCAUUGCAGUUUGUGUAGCAGAGCAGUGUGUGUUGGUACAGACUGUUGUCUGUUCUAUUCCAAAAGUUUCUGCCUUCCCUCCAUGAAGGAAAACCUACAGGCCUUUCCUUUUGAAAUACAAGACAUGGAUAGAAGGAAGCCCCAGCAGAAAUCCUGCAAAAAAAUGGAUACAAAGCAUAAAUCUUGAAGGUUCAAGAGUGACAGUUCUUUGGCUGGGGUUU